GCCAAAUGACGCAAGAGCGCUGAUCCGGAGGGGGAGCUCCGCGCUUGCGCAGUGCCGCAUACAGAGAGCGGACUGGCUGACGGACGGAUGCCGGGAGGGCCGGAGCCGCGAGGCCGCCCGAAGAGGGCAGCGGGGGCCGAGGGGGCGGCAGUGGAAGAUGAAGUUAUAACUGGGGGCUCCUCCCGCCGAAGGAAGGCGGAGUGUCCGCGGAGGAGGAGAAGUCGCCGGGAAAUGCCUGGCGAGGAGGAGGCGCUUGGUCUUGGGGGCAGGCACAGCUACCUGGAGGAAGACGUUUUAGCUAAUAAAGCGCCAAAGUGUGAGGUGGAGGAAGUAGUGGUUCAAGAGACAGAACCUCCCAUAUUAAUUCCUGAUUCACACCUGGACGUGGUGGAGAUCCAGACGGUUGGGAGGGAAGGUGUCCUGCGCAGCACACGUUCAGAGUCCCCUACCUUAGAGCUCAUCUGUAAGACAGAGCCUGACCCGGAUGAUCUAGUCUAUGAGAUCAAUGAGGGACCCUCCUCAUAUACAGCUGAAAUCAGUGAUGAGGAAGAAGAGGAUGAAGAUGUGUUAAUAAGUGAGGAAGAGACUCCAUAUAAAGAUGACCCCACAGAUGAAACUUACAGACCCCCUCAUAUAGAAAGUGAGGAUGAUGAUGACGAAGAUGAUGAGGAGGAAUUGAUAAGUGAGGAGGAAAUUGGUUAUAAAGAUGACCCCAGGGAUAAAAGUUAUAGGCCACAACUGAACAGGUCAUCAACUGGCUCCAGACGGCGAGGUCCUCGUACCAGAGAAGAGACAGCCCCUGUAGAAGUAAAGAUGGAAGUGAAGGAAGAGAAUCCAGUCCCUGAGCCAGAAGCCCCUAGGAAGAGAGGCCGUCGGCGCAAAGAUGAUAAAAGUCCAAGACUACCAAAGAGAAGGAAGAAGCCACCUCUGCAGUAUGUACGUUGUGAGAUGGAGGGAUGCGGCACAGUAUUGGCACACCCUAGAUACUUGCAACACCACAUUAAAUAUCAGCACCUUUUAAAGAAGAAAUAUGUAUGUCCACAGCCCUCAUGUGGGAGACUUUUCCGCCUUCAGAAGCAACUGAUGCGACAUGCAAAGCAUCAUACAGACCAGCGGGAUUAUAUCUGUGAAUACUGUGCUCGAGCAUUCAAGAGCUCCCACAACCUGGCUGUACAUAGAAUGAUCCACACAGGAGAAAAACCCUUACAAUGUGAGUUCUGCGGCUUUACCUGCAGACAAAAAGCCUCCUUGAAUUGGCACAUGAAGAAACAUGAUGCUGACUCUUUCUACCAGUUCUCCUGUGGAAUCUGUGGGAAGAAGUUUGAGAAGAAGGACAGUGUUGUGGCCCACAAAGCCAAAAGCCAUCCUGAGAUUCUUAUAGCAGAAGCCCUGGCGGCCAACUCUGGCUCUCUCAUCACCACCAAUAAUGAACUGCUGGUGACAGAGUCCUCUGCUACCACAGCCUCAAGUGUGCAAGACGAACUUGCACCCCCAGAAACCUUUCACUCUACUCAUGGCUCCAAGGUUUUAGUUGCUUGCUCUGCCCCACCAGCAGGUGGACUGGGUGCUACAACAGAGGUUCUUAUUGAGGAUUCGGACUCUGCAGGACCCUAGAGCAGUAGAAUACUCUACAUUCACAGCACCUAGACUGUUUCCUUGCCUUCUUUCCCUACCCCCCCCCUUCCCCCCCCCCCCCCCCCCCCCCCCAGCUGGCUGGCUGCCUCAUCCUUUUAACGCUUUCUGCCUCUCUUUGUAAUAUUUGCAUACACUAAUGUUGGGCCCAAAGUUUUGCCUCUAGUGAUUUCACCCUAUUCCUUUUAUCUUACAAGUUGUCUGGUUUUGUUGUUAGCGGUUGUCUGUUUUGGCAUCUUUACAUCCUUUCUUUGCUAGUUUCUGCCACUGUAUUACUUUUGUUUAAUUAUUUUUACCCCAUCAUGUCCUCUUACCUUCCUUUUUCAGGUGCUGUGCUGUGCACUCUCACUGUAUAUAUUAUGUUUAAACAAUAAAAAGGAGCUGUUCUGUCUCAAAAUGGAGCCCUUUUCCCCCAAGCAAAGCUGCUAGUGUUACUUAGAGCGCUGCUUGCGGUCUCUUUGUACUCUAUGACAUAUUGUCCAUACUUUUAUUCACUUGUUAAUUUUUGUCCCUUAUACGAGUACAUUUUUGCACUUUAGAGUGAUUCAAAGAGGGUAGUUUGCCUAAGAUGGUUAUUUUUGGUUCUAUCCAAUUCCUAUCUGCUUGCUUGCACUUAUCCAUAAAUACCCUUUACGUUUCAGUUAUUUGUCUAGUAAGGUCACUUUAUAAUUUCAGAAGCAUUGGACCCUUAUAAAGAGAGAAAACUGUACAUUGCACAAUAUUCAUUCAGUCCAUCUUCAGUGUAAUCAAGUUCCCUUGCUGCGAUAGUUAAGUCUAAUUUUGCUGUUUAUUACCUUGCACCAUUUUUCCAGCACUUUGAAAUUUUCAUCAACCUCUUCAUCCAACACACCUUGCACUUAAACCCACUCUUUCUGUUCAUUUUUUAAAUCUGAAGAAAAAAUAUUUUUGAUUUAUUCGUUUGAGUAUUUUACGCGUUUGAAUUUGAAGGUGUGUGUCUGCUUUCAUUAUUGUCAGAUAUUUGUCUCGAAUGGAUGUGAGUUACGAGUUAAAAUUCAGGCAUGUGGAAAUUAGCCGAAAAAUGAAGUUCAUGUACAUAUAAAAAAAAUAAAAAGUGAACGUCAGUUUGCCCAUAUAGGUAAACCCUGGGCACUGUGAGAGCCAAAAAACUGUUGUAAAAUUUUGAAGUUGUUUUCUUUUAAGAAAAGUGACCCCUGUUUCUGACUACUUGAAGAUAUAAGCCGGCUGCUGGAGCUUUCUACUCUUGGAUGCCAUACUAUUUUGUAUUCUGUAUGCAUUGAAUACAAUAAAAAAAAAUACUUUGCACCAUAGUUUGGUGAAGUAUGUGAGCUUUAGGAAACAAAUGAUCAGUCUCAAAGUUUUGCGUUUUCACUUGCUAGGUGCAAAGUUUUUUAUUUUAUUUUUUACUUGUUAUUCAUUCUGCUCUGCUUUCUUAAAAACCCAGGCAAAGGUUUGUGCAUGUUUUUUUUUUCUUUUAAUAAAGCACCUACCAAUAUAAA